UCCAAAUUGGGUACUUUCGAAGGGGUUUUUCUUCCAACUUCACUUAACGUUCUCUCCAUCUUGAUGUUCUUGAGAUUUGGCUUCAUUAUCGGCCAGAUGGGGAUUUUAGGAACGUUCUUUUUGCUUAUUCUCUCGUAUUCCAUCGAUAUCUUGACCACUAUGUCUAUUAGUGCUAUUUCAACCAAUGGUACAGUUAAAGGUGGUGGGGCCUACUAUAUGAUAUCGCGUUCCCUAGGUCCAGAAUUCGGUGGUGCCAUCGGCAUAAUCUUCUUCAUUGGCCAGAUCUUGAACUCGUCGUUGAAUGUUGUUGGUUUUAUCGAACCUUUGCUAGUUAACUUUGGAGAACUGGAAGGAGUUCUCGCUAAAGUUUUGCCGGUAGGAUAUUUCUGGCAAUUGCUAUACUCCACUGUGUUGUUACUUAUUUGUACUGGUGUAGCUGUAAUCGGGUCGCUGUUGGUCUCAAAGACAGCUUUUCUCCUUUUCGUCAUUCUCACCUUGAGUACGCUUUCAAUUCCGCUAUCUUCUUUGGUUGUGAAACCGUUUUACCCUUUGCCUCCUCCUUUUGAUGAUUUGAGAUACACGGGUUUGUCAUGGGCUACUUUUACAGAAAAUUUAUUGCCUCAAUUCACUUCUGGAGCAGCAGGAUCGGUGCUACCCAAAGGAGAGCCCGAGACCUUCAGAAACUUGUUUGGUAUCUUUUUCCCUGCUACAGCUGGUAUUUUCGCCGGAGCCUCAAUGUCAGGAGAGUUGAAGAAACCAUCCAAAUCGAUUCCAGAAGGAACCUUAAAGGGAUUGUUGGUGACGUUCAUUCUCUACUCGCUAGUAAUCAUCUCUAUGGGAUGUUCUAUUCCAAGAGAAAUCCUUCAUGCCGACAUCAAGGUGAUUCAGACAGUUAACUUACUGGGAAUCGUCAUUAUCAUGGGUGAAUUUUCAACGUCUUUGUUUUCUGUCAUCAUGGGUAUUGUAGGAGCUGCAUCGAUGCUUAAUGCUAUUGCUGACGAUAGAAUUAUUCCUGGAUUGGGCAUUUUCACUACCAUGAAAAAGUCAGCAAAGGAUCAAGAUAAGGCUAAGGUUCUAGCUGUUAUUGCUACCUGGUUCAUUGCCCAAAUCUUCUUGUUUGCUGACAUCAACCAGAUUGCCACGUUCAUCACAAUGGCAUUCUUGAUGACCUUCAUUGUAACCAAUGUAGCCUGUUUCUUGCUCAGAGUCGGUUCUGCUCCAAAUUUUAGACCCUCUUUCAAAUACUUCAGUUCUCGUACGGCUUUCACCGGGGCACUAGCUUGUUUCUAUGCAAUGUUCAUUGUAGAUGGGUUGUCUGCUACUUUGAUCAUUUUCUGUUUAAUGUUCCUCAUUUUAAUGAUCCACUAUCUGACCCCACCGCUGAAAUUUGGUGAUAUCUCUCAGUUAUUGAUCUACCACCAAGUCAGAAAGUAUUUGUUGAGAUUGAAGUUGCAGAUGAACGUAAAAUACUGGCGCCCGCAAAUCUUGAUAUUAGUGGAUGACCCCAGAUCUUCAUGGAACUUAAUUGGCUUCUGUAACCAUUUGAAGAAAGGUGGAUUGUAUAUUCUUGGACAUGUUGUUCUUAUGAAUGACGAUACUCUGGUAGGCUCCAACAAUGCCGCCAAUAGCGAGGUCUUCACACCCACAACAUACAAGGAAGUCCAGAAACAGAAGCAGGCGUGGAUCAAGUUGCGUGAUAUGCUUAAGAUCAAAGCUUUUGUCCAGAUAGCCUUGGGUCCCACUCUUCCAUGGGGUGUCAGAAACGUUUACUUGGGAUCUGGUUUGGGAGGAAUGAGACCUAACAUUACCGUAUUGGGAUUCUAUGAUUUCAAGAAACAUGGAGUGACUUUGCCGGUGGUGCCUUCAUUUGAAAGCAAGUCCAGCUUGGCAGAGUUGCCUACUGAUGAAUGCCGUAAAGAAAGAAAAGUUUCCAUAAGCCAAUGGGUCCAGAUUGUAGAAGACUUGAUAGUUCUUCAAGCAACUGUCGCUGUAGCAGCCAAUUUUGGGGAUCUAGAUUUACCUAAAACAGACGAAUCACAUCAUCAUUUCUGGGCUAAACCGAAGGUCACUGGCUCUACUAAGAAGUACAUCGACUUAUAUCCUAUCCAGAUGUCUUCCAUUAACAUUUUGGAAGACGGUCAGUCUGUACUUUCUACCAAUUUCGAUACCUAUACCUUGAUUUUACAAUUGGGUGCUAUUCUUUCGACUGUUACAGAAUGGAAAUUCAGUUCUCAUAUUCUCAGAGUUAUAGCUUUUGUUGAGAACAUGAACGAGGUUGAAGAGGAAAGAGGAAGAUUGGUAGAGCUUUUGUCGAAUUUGAGAAUAGAUGCAGAGAUAAAGAUCGUGAGUCUCGAUGACGGUUCAUUGAAUUCUUACAACUUCAUUAUCAAGGGCUACAGCAGAACGAUUCAUAAUAAGCUUGAAUUCGACAAGGUCGAUAAAUCCUUGAAAGACGAGCAAUGGUGGAAGAACUUGGUUAAUGCUAGAAAUACACUCAAAGAUUUGGAAAAACAGAAAUUGCAGAGAAGACAACAAAAGUCUCAUCCUAUAACCAAAGGAAAUUUCAAGAACAACAGACGUUAUACUCUUUCGAACUUACAGGAGCAAGGUGUUUCUUUGUCGCUCAAUAUGAAUACCCAACUUGGACAAAGGUUCUUUGACUAUGAUGAGGCCAUUGACAGUAGUGAUAGUAGUGACAGUGAAAAGGAAAGUGAUAUCAACGAAAGCUCCAGUCUGGUUCAACAGUCGUAUGGCAGCGUGGACGAGGAAGCACCAUCACCCAUGGCUAAGUCUACUUCGAGAGUGGAUGAAACCAAAGAAGUCAAGCCCUUUAAAAAUUUUCUUAAGCUUAAGGAAGAUGCACUUGCUGACUCUUCAGGUUACAGAUCUUCAGAUCAGUUAUCGAUAAGAUCAAGUAAACAAUUGCAAGAAGAAUUGAAACACUUGAGUUUCAAUGAUAUUCCUGCAAAGGGCCAACACUUGAUCUUAAAUGAAUUGAUGAAGCUGAUUUCGUCAAAGGACAAGACAGAUGUUAUUUUCUCCACUUUGCCAGCACCUUCUCUUGGAACACAUCUUGAUGACAAUGGUUCAUUUGAGUAUACCAAUAAUUUGGCUGUGUGGUUGGAUGACCUUCCUCCUAUCUUGUUGCUCAAUUCGCAGACAGUGACUGUGACUACUGCAUUGUAA